UCUACUGACACCAUGGGUUGCUGCGGCUGUGGCGGCUGUGGCUGUGGAGGCUGCGGCUGUGGUGGCUGUGGCUGUGGCGGCUGUGGCUGUGGCGGCUGUGGCUGUGGCGGCUGUGGCUGUGGCGGCUGUGGCUGUGGAGGCUGCGGCUGUGGUGGCUGUGGCUGUGGCGGCUGUGGCUGUGGCGGCUGUGGCUGUGGUGGCUGCGGGUGCGGCUGUGGCGGCUGCGGCUGUGGUGGCUGUGGCUGUGGCGGCUGUGGCUGCUGUGGUUGCUGUGGCUGCUGUGGCUGCUGCAAGCCUGUGGUCUGCUGCUGCCGCCGCACCUGCUGCAGCUCCUGUGGCUGUGGCUCCUGUGGCUGUGGCUGUGGCUGUGGGAAGGGCUGUUGUCAGCAGAAGUGUUGCUGCCAGCAGAAGUGUGGCUGCAAGAAGUGUUGCUGCUAGGAUGGCUGCUGGCCUCUGGGCUUCUGCUUCAGCCAACUG